CGGAAAUGACGUAAGACACCUAAAGAUGGCGUCUGAUUCAAACGGCUAGUUUUCGUCUUCAUCAAACAAGCUGGUAGGGAACCAUGAAGAAUAACCCACUGGAGCAAAGACCACCCAGCCUUGAGAGGGGCGACGCAGUGGAGACUAGGACAACGGCAUGCUGCCAGAGGAACAAGGUAGAUACCCCCCCGCAGCCAGGAGGAGACACGAGUGACAGCAGCGAUGCUGGAGGAAGGGGGGCAUCCCAGGCAAGGCGGAAGUCAAGUGGCAUCCAGCAGACUGGGAGAAGGAGGAGGAGAAUCCAUCAGCUGGAGAAAGAAAAGCUGGAAAUGACAUCCGCACACAACCAGCAGCUGUGCACACUGGAGGCGGAGCUAGCCCGGCUCAGGUCCUCAGUGGAGCGAGGUGAAGCCCAAAGAACAGAACUUCAGUACCAGCUGGUGGUCAGCCAGAAAGACACUCAACAAGCACGUCAUGCUAACACAACACUCACAGAUCAUGCUGCAUCGAUAAAGCAGACUGUCAGGGAGCUGCAGAAGGUUCUGGACAUGACUCAGCAUGCGAGGAAGGAGGACCAGCAUGCUUUGCAACAGGAAGUAGACGAGCGGGACGCGUUGAUUGACAGCUUGACUUUAGAGAGUGAACGACUGCAUCGCCUCCUGCAGUGUCAGGAGGAGGCGCUGGAGGUUGGGGAGAGGAGGAUGGUGGUGCUACAGAAGGAGCGAGAAAAAGACAUGGAGGCGGCACUUGCAGUGGAGCGGCGUAGCCACCAGGAGGCUCAGUGCAAGCUGGAGCAGCUGCAUGGACAGUUGAGGGAGGCGGAGAGAGAGAGGAGAGAGCAAACUGAGCACUCUAGACAGCGGUUGCAGGCAGAGCACGAACAGUGCAAGUCUGAGCUGAGUGUCGCCUUGGAAACACAAAGGAGAAUGACCUUUAAACUCAAAGCAGUGCUCGAGGAGGAGAAGAGAGCACACGCCAACACACACCUGCUCUUGAAACAGGCGGUGAAGAGAGAAGCACAUUGUCGGAAGGCUCUGGAAGAGGUCGAAGAAGCUAUCAAACAACACACACAUGCAGGCUGUACUCCCACAGAAGAUGAUGGGAAACAGAGUCCUGCUGACAUCAUGCAUCUGCUCAAGUCCACACUUUGCAGACAGGCGCGAGCUGACCACCAGGUCCAGGAUUUGCAGUUAGUAUGUGAAAGGUUACACGAGGAGAAGCAGACGCUCCAAGAGCUGACCGUCGAUCAGAAGUGUUGCCUCCAAGAAUCCGGACAGCUGUCACUCAAGUUGCAGGAGGAAGUGGCCCGCCUACGACAGGAAAGCAGUGGUUGGUCUGCAAAGACGGAGGAGCUGGAGAAGUACAAGGAGGAGAUGUCAAAGGCCCACCUGUCCUUCCUCUACUCAAUUCAUCAGCGAGUGCUGGUGGGCCGUACAGUUCUCAAUGAACCCCCCAGCACGGCAGCAGCUUUCACCAGGACGGAGCUGUGUGAUGUCAUCAACCAGCAGGUGGAGCUGCUGAUUUCCGACGUCCAGGAGGCCAAAAACAAGGUAGACCGUCUGCAAAGCGUGUGCGAGGAGAAGAGCGCAUGCAUGCAAGAGCUGCAGCGGAGUCAUGAGUGCGUGUUAGCGGCCAUGGAGGAGAGGGUGAGAAUACGAGAAGAGACCAAGAACAGCCGACACGCCCAUGAGCUGCAGGUAAAUCACUGUGAGUGCCGCUCACUUCGGGAUCGAGUCAGCUCUUUGACCUCUGACCUGUCACGACUCCACGACUUUCUCUCGCGGAGCCGCAAGAAGUCUUCCUCAUUCCUGUCAGCUUGUGCGCUCCUAGCUGGCGCGGCGGUGAAUGCCGAGCUGCGCGUGCGCAGUCUCUGCGAGCAGAAGCGUCUUCUGGCCGCACGCUUCGCGGCCAGAGAAGAGCUGGAGCAGGAGCUGAGGCGGUUGGCCGGCGCUCUGGCAGGAGACGAGGACGAAGGAGGAGGGCAGAGGAGGCGAGCAAGAAGACGUUGGAGGAAAUACGCUUGCGUGCUAUCGGCUGUCAGGCGGUUACGUGCCUUCGCAAAGAGGAGCACGGUGUUGUUUCGGGUGGAGAGAGGAAGCGGCAGGCCAGCAGUGUAUGUCGCAACGGCAACUUUGAUGGGACAAGAUGGAAGCAAUGAUGUUGGCUGUGACGGUCGUGACACCGCAUGCGUUCGCUGGCUUCGUUCCAAAUCUCUCUCCUCCGCCAUCUUGUCCUGCAUGGCAGACCUGCAAAGGGCACUAGCGAGCACCCCUCCAGGUGUGACGUCAGCGGCUCGGUCUGGGUUGUCGCGCCUCCUGGAUCAACUUAUCACUCCACCAGAAUCUGGCCCAGAGAUCCUGGAUCAGAUAAAACUGACCAGACACAGUCGGCCCAUUAGCAGCUUGAAGACCCUGGUGUCUGGACUCCAACAGCACUUUCUGCUCUUCAGCCAACGGCUGCACUCGGCUGAAGUGGAGCGGCGGAGCCUGAGGCUUGAGAUGGCCCAACUGAGGAAGGCAGAACAACAAAGGGGACCUACCUGCAGGACGGUCCCAGCGCAGCACUUUCACAGUGUCUGCACAGAGCUCCGCCAGGCGCUCAGCAGAGAACAGGAAGCUCAAAACCUCGUUCGGGAACAAUCAGCGCAACUCGAUGCUCUGCGGCUACGAGUCAAUGCGCACGCUGCUGAGCAGGCCAACACCCACCAUGCACUCAGCCACAUGGCGGAGAAGUUGGCGGAGGUUCGGCGGCGCCUUAAAGGAAAGGAGCGCUCGCUGAGGGUCCUGGCUAAAUGCCUGUCGCGGGCUCGGGAGGAGAAGCGCAUCCUGCGAGGGCGUCUGCGACGUGUUGACGAGCAGCUUCAGGACGCUAACAGGCGCCAGGACCAUGUGAUCAACUACGAGAAUGUGGCGGGGCAGCACUACAAAGAGCUCACAGGCGGUCUCAUCCAAUCACUUUCUUGUCCGUCAGCUGAGCGCUGUCUACUAACCUCACCCGUCCAUCACGUGAAGCCAUCUGGAACAGACAGCAUCAUGGGAGCAUGUCAGGUGUCUGAUGUUCAAGCCCAGCCCACUCCUGGCCCGCAUCCACACCACCUGCCUCCAAAGGACAGGAAAUGUGUGAAGAGAGCAAAGGUCAACACAGGAAGGGAACGUCUUAAAGGUUCAAGAAGUCCCAAGAUGUUCUUUUCCUAAAUCUUUGAAGCACUUUGAGUGCAUGUUUGCAACAAAAGUGACGCAUCAGCUCGCCCUUCAGCAAGUGUGCACCUCCUCAAGUCCUCAGGGAUCCACGCCUCUAGGGUUUUUGUGUGUGUGUGUGUGUGUUGUGUGUGUGUGUGUGUCAGGAGCUUAAGUCGCACACAACUUGAACAGAAGAACUUUUUUGCCUUGAUGGCUGCUCAUCUGAACAAAAAGGGGUCAAUAAACUUAAAAGGACAAACAACAGUCAUAUUCUCCAUGCUUGGCGUUUCUUGUGACUGUGUGUGUGUGUGCGUGCCCAAGUUAAAAAAGUGCCAACGUGUACAUAAAACUGGCUGAUGCUGGCGUUCCCAUUGAGGUUCUGUCACAGAUGUUGUCGAAAAAGAUUAAGUUAAGUUAUUUUCCCUCCCAUUAAAAAGUCUCCUUCCUAAUCCUCAAACAUGAAAGUAUCAAAUGAAUGGAUUUUUAGCAGAAAAGUGUCACCAGUAGCCUUCAUCGCCACCAAGGCCCUAUG